UCGAAAUACUUAAAACUACGUUAUGAUUAGCUGAGUUGAUUAUGUGGUUAUAGUUGCCAGAACAGUAUAACAUAAACUAUUUUUUUGAAAUACCACGCGUUACAAAAUUUGCGGUACAAUACAGAUUAUUUGAAGUACUUGAAGGUAGCUGCUGAUAUUGUUGAUUUAAAAUACCCAUUUCGGAAAUGAAAUACUUACGUAGGUAGUCAAAACAUUGCAGCACGCCAGUCUCCAAUAAUGAGACAAUUAUUUGAGAAAUGUAGAUAUAUGCAAUAUGUAGCGGUCAUGUCAGCCGCAAUGGCAGGGAUUUGUUCGUAUAUGAUAGGGUCGUGGGGUUCGCCGUCUAUUCCAAAAUUAACCUCGUCGGAUUCGCCGAUUGGUGUCACAUUAAAUAGUGAGGAAGUCUCUUGGGUAGCAUCGUCGCCAUUGCUUGGUUUCAUCGUAGGAUCACUAACUUCAUCGAUACCACUCAAAGUAAUCGGUCCGAAAUGGUCCCUUUUAAGCACUUCAUUGCCCAUAGCUGGAUGCUGGCUUGGAAUAGCGUUUUCGAGGUCGGCGGAGGUUUUAAUAGGGCUCCGUUUCCUGUCGGGCGUGUGCGACGGUAUCAUUGCAACGGUGGUGCCACUUUAUAUUGGAGAGGUCGCCGACAAGGAUAUUAGGGGAAAAUUAAUUACCUUUUAUCCCAUUCUUGCGGGGUUGGGAAAUUUGGUUGUACUAGCAGUGGGCCCGUUUGUGGAGUAUAAAACAUUAAGUUUCAUGUGCGCCGCUGUUCCAAUUUUAUUUGCCACCACAUUUGUUUUUCUACCAGAAUCUCCAUACUUUCUUCUAAGAUCUGGAAGAGGUGCAGAAAGCAAACGUUCUUUACGGAGACUAUUAAGCAACGAUGUUGAUGAUACCACAAUCGAUGAACGAAUCAAAGAAAUAGAAGCAACGAUUCGGUCUGAAGUUACCCAUAAGUUUAAUGUGAUCCAUAUCUUUUCCAGGAAGCAAUUUCGAUUUGCCAUUUUCAUAUCGUUCAAUUUAAGAGCAGCAACGGCCUUUGGGGGAAUGACAGUACUAAAAUCAUACCUGCAAACAAUAAUUGGAGUAACGGGAAGCAGUAUUUCUCCCGAAAUCUCCAGUCUAAUAUUUGCUAUUGCUCAGCAACCACCUGUGAUUUUAACAGCAUGCUUGGUUGAUAGGGUGGGUAGAAAGAUACUUUUGAUAAUAUCAACCCUGGGAUGCGCUCUUAUGCUUGUACUAGAAGGAAUUUAUUUCUACUUGCAAAGGGUUGCGGAAAUAGACCUAAGCGCCGUGUCAUGGUUGCCGACUGCAUGCCUUGUAAUUUAUUCCAUUAUGCAACCGAUAGGAAUUGGUGCGAUACCGAAUAUUAUAAUGGGGGAAAUAUUUGCAGACGAAAUUAAGAGUCUUGCUGCCGGCAUUACUACCACAUUUACUGGCAGUUGCCACUUUUUACUAGCAAGAACUUUUUUACCAAUAUCCGAGGCGUGGGGAAUGCACACUAUGUUUUGGGUAUUUGGUGUAUGUUGUUUUUAUGGUGCCAUGUUUGCUACAUUUGUGCUUCCUGAGACGAAAGGAAGGUCAUUUUUAGAAAUACAGGAAACGCUUUCCAAGAGUAGAUGUUGUUGACGAACCGCAGUUAUUCGGCAACGACUCCUGAUGAGUCGUUGGUACCGUUUAAAGAUUGUGUUUCACGAUAAUAAAGAACCAAUUUCAAUUUG